ACCCUUUUGACGCUCUUGUUUCUUUGUCCUAAAAGUGGAUGUGACACUUGAAGCUCUCUCUGAAGAUCAUUUGCUGUUGAAGAGGGAUUUUUGGACUGUGGAAGAAUCUGUAAUUGCAUUGCAUUCCCUCUCAUCCAACGUACACACCCCGUGAUAUCCUGAAGCCCUCUCCAACAGGACCAGGAGGCACCUGAGGCAAAAAGUGCUGAAAGAGUGAAUACAGAACGAAGAAGGAUCAUAAAGGACAUGCACAGAAUGCUGCUCUGGAGGGGAGAGCAGAAGUGUUCUGCACUGGAAUGACCUCCCAUACACUCUCACGUGGUUUCAAUGGGGAUUUCAGCAUAGCCGCACUCUGCUGGAUGGGAGGUGGUGUAUUUCUGUGGCAUCUGAUUGCUCUGCUCUGAUUGGCCAGUACUAUUCAGUUGCCACACUGCCGUUGGUCAGAAUGCCAGCAAAAGGGAAGUACUUGCUGAACGAGCAGGAGUUGAAACAGGAAGCACUGUACAGUAAAUUUUCUGGCAUUGGCCACUACCAGCCAUUCGUUCUGUUGCUGGGACUGAGCAUGCUCACCUGUGUCAUACUGCUAGUGCUCUUCUUCAGCCUGAAACUGGAUGCAAAUGUCCAUGGUGUAUUUGUGGGAGUUGUGGGAGGAGCGUUGUGUUUGUUCCUGGCUGUGUUUAUAUUAAUCUGUACAGAGACCCUCUCUCAGAGAUGGAGAACUUUACUCGGCCUCGCUGUGUGGGCCACACACCUCACAAUGGGCUUCACCUUUAUUUUCAGCGCAGAAACCGAAAUACCAAUACAACCAUGGGACCAGGUGCCCUUCUUCCUCUUCAUCAUCAUUAUUGUCUACACAAUGCUACCAUUCCAAAUGAGCUACGCUGUGACCCUGAGUAUCAUCUCCUCUCUGUCUCACAUCAUUGUUCUUUCGGUGCACCUCACAGUGGUCGAGGUAUCCUCCAAACUCUCCAAUCAUCUCAUCACCAAUCAGUUGCUAUCAAAUACUGUGGUGUUUGUUUGUGGAAAUAUGGUUGGUGCAUUUCAUAAGGUUCUGAUGGAGAAAACUCUCAGGCAGACAUUUCAGGAUACUCUUCGCUGCCUUGGCAUUCGCAUGAAACUGGAGAUUGAGAAGAGACAGCAGGAAAACCUUUUACAGUCAGUGCUUCCUGUGUACAUCUCCAUGAAGAUGAAGUUGGCCAUAAUGGAGCGCUGCAAGUGUAAAGAUAAAGAGGAACAGCAGCGUAUGGUCCGUGACAACAACUUCCACAGUCUUUACGUGAAGAGACAUGAGAACGUCAGCAUCCUAUAUGCUGACAUAGUGGGUUUCACACGUCUGGCCAGUGACUGUUCUCCUAAGGAGCUUGUGAUCAUGCUGAAUGAACUUUUUGGGAAAUUUGACCAGAUUGCAAAAGAGAAUGAGUGUAUGCGGAUAAAAAUUCUUGGUGACUGUUAUUACUGUGUGUCUGGCCUCCCUGUUUCCCUGCCAAAUCAUGCCAAAAACUGUGUUAAAAUGGGCCUGGACAUGUGUGAAGCCAUCAAGCAGGUGCGUGAGGCGACAGGUGUGGAUAUAAACAUGCGUGUAGGUGUGCACUCUGGAAAUGUCCUCUGCGGUGUGAUUGGCUUACGGAAAUGGCAGUUUGAUGUGUGGUCACAUGAUGUCACCUUAGCCAAUCAUAUGGAGUCAGGUGGAUUACCAGGCCGAGUUCACAUCACAGAGGCGACUCUGAAGCACUUGAACAAAGCGUAUGAGGUGGAGGAGGGGAAUGGUCACCUGAGAGACCCCUACCUCAAAGAGCUUAACGUCAAGACGUACCUGGUCAUAGACCCACGGUCAAAAGACUCAUCACUGAUGGCUCCCAGUGUCACCAAGCCUCGUGUGAGUGAUGGUUUGAAGAUGCGAGCAUCUGUGCGUAUGACACGCUUCCUGGAGUCGUGGGGGGCUGUUAAACCUUUUGCCCAUCUGCAGAGCCGAGAGGAAUUCAGCACAGAUGCUGUGGUCAAUGGAAAGGGUCGUUGCAAGGACAUCCCUCUUAGAUCAGUACCGACCAAAAUUACAGAGAGCUUUGAUGAGUCUCUUGAGGAGUCCUUGUCUUUACCUGCCCCUCCCUUGAGCAUAUAUAAGAAUAAAUCACAGAAGACUAAGUUUGAUGAAGAACUUUACGACAAGAUGACCACCACCAUCAAUGAUUUGAGCUCCAGCAAGCAGUGGGUAAAGUCUGAAGAGAACUCUGGCCUCACACUGUGGUUUACUAAAAUAGACCUGGAAAAGCAGUACAGGACUAUAGAGAUGCCAAACUUUAAAUACUACAUUGGUUGUGCCACCUUCGUCUUUUUAUGCAUCUUCAUCAUCCAAAUGCUUGUUACCAAGCAGCGUAAAAAGCUGGGGCUGGCGUUUGCGGUGUUGGCGUGUGUUCUGCUUUUGGCUCUGUGCAUCUGUUUUGCAGGUCAUAUACAGAGGAUGUUUCCGGAGAAGUUAAAGUCAUGUACGUGGCUCUCGGCUCUUUCAGAAGCAGUGGUUAAGAGACCUUUUCUGCGCCUCCCAUUGGCAACCGUGGCCACCGCAGUCAUAGUCAUCAUUGCCAUGUUCAACUUUUAUUUUAAAACCCCAGAGAAUUUAUGUGACACUUUGCGACAAAAUAACAACACCGUUCCCGAUCUACCUUUUGUAGAUGACCUUCCAUAUUUGCCUUAUUCUGUAUAUAACUGUAUAUUGGCAUUGAUCGCCUGUGGCGUGUUUUUGAGGGUGAGUUUGGAACUGAAGGUGGUCUUCCUCUUCAUCGUCUCUACCGUUUCCUACAUAAUCAUCUUCUACUCUCAGGAAAAUCUCUUCAGCAGCUACAGCUGCCUGCUCUACACCAACCACAGCAGUGUGGAGGACAGUUUGAUGGUGUUCAAAGCAGGACUUAUGAAGCACCCAAAACUCAUGAGCUGCAUCUACAUCACACUCUUCCUCAUUACCAUGCUGCUCAUAUCCCACCAGAAUGAUUACUGCUAUCGUCAGGACUUCCUGUUGAAGAACAAGAACCUGGCCGAUAAGGAAGAAGUCGAGCUGUGCGAAAACCUGAACCGUCUUCUUUUGGAGAAUGUUCUCCCUGCGCACGUGGCCGCUCUCUUCGUGGGCGAGAACAAAAAGAAUGAGGACCUGUACUAUAAGUCAUAUGACUGCGUAUGUGUGAUGUUUGCCUCGGUGCCAGACUUCAAAGAGUUCUACACUGAGUGUGACAUAAAUAAAGAAGGACUGGAGUGUUUAAGGCUCCUCAAUGAGAUCAUCGCCGACUUUGAUGAGUUGCUGUCUAAGCCCAAGUUCAGUGGUGUGGAGAAGAUUAAAACCAUCGGCAGCACGUACAUGGCUGCUGCGGGACUGAGUGGACCUCCAGAACAGAGCAGCCAGGACCGUGAGAGGCAGAAUGCUCAGAUAGGAAACAUGGUGGAGUUCGCCAUCGCUCUGAUCGGCAAGCUGGACGGCAUCAACAGACACUCCUUCAACACGUUCAGGCUUCGUGUCGGUAUAAACCACGGCCCGGUGAUUGCUGGGGUGAUUGGAGCCAGGAAACCACAGUAUGAUAUCUGGGGAAACACUGUGAAUGUGGCCAGCCGGAUGGAAAGCACUGGAGAGCUGGGUAAAAUACAGGUGACAGAGGAGACGUCAGAUGUCCUGCAGAAGCUGGGCUAUUCAUGUGAGUGUCGUGGCCUGAUCAAUGUGAAGGGCAAAGGAGAGCUCAAGACCUUCUUUGUGUGCACAGAUUCCAGCAAACAGCAGGGCAUCGGUCUGAGCUGAGACUGAAGCCUCUGCCGCUGACAGCCUCACACACACACACACACACACACAUGCACACACAGACUCCGGGCCUAUAUGUGAUCUUUUUUGUUUUUCUCUUCAUUUAAGAAUGUUUUAUUGCUACUGGAUUUGUUUCUUUAGAGCAUGUCUGAAGAAGUGCACAUUCUUACUAACUCUGACAUGUUGGAGUUUGUUUUGGCAGCAUUUGGAGAUCUGAAACUCUCAGACAUAAAGCAACAUAUACAUUCACGCACCUCACACUAACACAAGCGAUCCUCUUAUGGGAAACAGACCACAGACAGUGGGUAACUGAGUUCAGUGAAGGAAAAUACUGCUUCUCAGACUUUCUGUGUACUGCUGUCAUAGUGGCCUUGAUCCUGUUGGAUUUAGACUGAUUUGGGAUGACUUGAGCUGGUCGGCCGGUUUUGGUCUCAUUUGAGACUCACAUACAGAGGGAACACGUGACCCACACAAACCCAUCAUGGCAGAUGAGCAGACGUUAAAAUAUCUAGAAUUUGUUCGGUCAUUUAAAAUAGCAUGUAUCUUAUUAUAAACCAUUCUGUCAACAUUUGGACCAACGAAAUGGUGGAAGCCUGUUGUUGCUUGAAUAUACAUACUGUGGAUGUUUUUAUUUUUAUUCAUAUAUAUUUUUUUUGUUUUCUUUUUAAAAAGAACUGCCAAGUGUUUUGAAUGCCAAAUAUCAACAAGAAGUGUUGAUUUGCUGUUGUCUUUGAGUUGAGAUUGUGGAUGUUGGUGAGCCUUUCUUAGCUUCAUAAUAUGCUACAGACAAAAACUAGGAAUGUUUACAUAUACUGGGGGAAAAAAUGUCAAUGACUGAAAUUCAGUCAACUUCAAGUGAAAGUGUACUUUCAUCGCUUUCUUUCAUUGCUUGUUCUUUCAUAUUUCUUAGAUGUUGACCAAAUGGCUCUGUGGCUUCUCCCAUCUGAAGUUGUAAAUUCGCUACUGGAUGUAUUCAUGCAUCUUAGCUUACAUUGCAGUAAAUUGAUUUGCUCAGACGGUCU